AUGGUCCAGUUCGUCUUUACGCCCUGGCGCAACCGCGCCGAGCUCCUCAAAGUCCGCAGCCAGCUCUUCCCAUCCUCAUCACAGGCCACGCCGCCGACGCCGACCCCGCACCAGAAAUGGACGGCGGCCGAGCUGCAGGGCAUCCAGAGGGCGAUCGCGCGCGUGUUCAUGUGGGUGCACCGCGGCAACUGCCCGCACGUGGUGGAGUCGACGGCGAUGCUCAUGUCGGCGGUUCUGCUGGACCGGCGGCACACACGGCCGGGGCACCAAGGCGGCAGCGAGGACGACGGCACGUAUGACGGCGACGACGACGCGGCGAGCGAGUACGGCGUGCGCGCGGCGUACCUCACGGCCUUCACGCGGUUCGUGACGGGCCUGCUGGACGGGCACCAGGACAGGGCGCGCAAGCUGAGCAUGUACGGGGUGGCCAAGACGGUGGGGCUCCCCGCGGGCUUCGUCGAGCUGCGGCACCAGGGCACGCACGAGCCCAUGCCCGGGCUGGCGCAGCUGAGGCCCGCCGCGGGCAGGGCGCUCGUCUGGAUCUGGGAGUACUACUGGAGGAACCUGCCGGAGGCGGACCACGGGCCCGGGCAGGACGAGGGCGUUGGGUUGUUGGGGGAGACGACGAGGGGAGGGCCUUCCCGGGGGACUCGGAGUCCUGCUCCUGCUGAUGGGUUGAGCGGCACCGCUGAGAAGAAGAGGCAGCCUGUGGUGGUGGCUUCUGCUACGUCUACGAUCAAGGGGCGGAUGUGCCGGGCCGCGCUGAUGGGGUACCUGCAGAGGCAGGAGGGGGAGGUGGGCAGCGAUGCGGCGAAGCAGGCUCUGACGAGGCAACUUGGGCAGUGGGAUGACGCGCUCGUGUUGAGGACGCUGGAGGAGAUCGGACAGACCGCGAGGGACGGGGGGGUAUUGUCCCGGUCGGUGAAGCUCUCCAGGGAGGUUCUUCUCCGAGCUACUGGGGAUGAGGCACAGCAAGGCGACGACAAGGAGAUACCGACGGAUAUUGAGGAGAUGAGGAGAGAGUUACGUGAGGCCAGAGAGGAGGCAGAGGGCUUGGUAGAUGGGGAUGAGGGCGGUAAGAGGAAACGGGAUGGUACCGAUGAUGAUGGCCCCGGCUGGAAGAGAUGGAAAGGCCCAUGGGCGUCAAGGCCCAUAGGGAUCCUUUGA